AUGUUGUCGGGUUGGAGUACAAGAGGUUAUAAAGCUUGCCCUUCGUGUGUUGAUUCUACUCAUUCUUAUAGUUUUGGUGGUAAAAUUGUCUACCCUGGGUGUCGAAAAUGGUUACCAGUUGACCAUCCUUAUCGUUCUCAAACAAAUGAAUUUGAUGGGACAGAGGAACAUGGUCUUGCUCCGGUUCGUGUAAGCGGGACAGAAGUUUUGAAGCAACAAGAAAAAGUUAAGUAUGUGUAUGGAAAGUCAAAAGUUGUUCAGAAAAAAAAGAGGGAGAUAGAAGAUGAUGAACUUGAUGAUGAUGAUGAUGAUAAUGAUGAUAAUGACCAGGAUGAGUUUAAUCGUGUUCUGUGGAAAAAGAAAAGAACUCUUUUAGAUAUGAGCAAGAGUAGAGAUGAUAAGAAUGCUAGAUUGGCCCUUAAAAAACUGAACAUAAAAUCUCAUCUUUGGCCUCAAUCUCAUCCAAGUCGUGUUAACGACUAUUUGCCUCCGGCUGCAUACACCAUGUCUAAAGAAGAGAAAGAAAGAUUUCUUACAGUCCUACAAAAUCUUAAAGUUCCUGAUGGGUAUGGAUCUAAUUUGCAAAGGUGUGUGAAUUUGAAGCAACGAAAACUUAUUAAUCUGAAAAGCCACGAUAAUCAUAUGCCCAUGCAAGAUGUCCUUCCUGUUGCUUUAAGAGCAUCUAAUCCUACAAAAGUAAUUGAUUUGCUCGAUGAAUUGUCGUACUUUUUCAAGAAGAUAUGUUCAACUGCUAUUGAAAGAAGUGAAUUAGAUAUCAUUCAGUCGAAGCUUGUGUUGACUCUUUGUAAGAUGGAGAAAGAGUUUAUGCCAACUUUUUUCACAAUCAUGGUGCAUCUACUAAUUCAUCUAGUGGAGGAGGUCAAACUCGGUGGACCUGUUCAUUAUAGGUGGAUGUAUCCCAUUGAGAGGUAUUUGGCCUUUUUGAAAUCUCAUGUAAGCAAUAAAGCGCAACCAGAAGGAUCCAUAGCUGAAGGGUACCUUUUAUGGGAAACAAUUGCUUUUUGUUCGAGAUAUUUAGAAAGUGUCGAGACCAUAUUCAGCAGACCGAAAAGGAAUAAAGAUGGUGUUCCAGACAUCAACAACUAUUUAUAUGACUCUGCUGGUCGUGUAGUUGGGAUGAAAAAGAAUGUCCGUGCUGAUGACAAAAGUUUAAUGCAAGCACAUAGUUAUGUUUUGCUUCAUUCAGAUGAGAUGAAACCGUUGCUUGAGGCCUUCCUACAAGAAAAACGGCAAGAGAAUCAAGUAGAAGAAGUUCAAGAAAGUUGGUGGAUAAUCAAUGAAUUUUCCGAUUGGUUGCUAAACAAGGCCAAUAACCUAGAUGAUAGCACAAAAGAAGGAAAAGUAAGAAAAGCCUUGGCCUAUGGUUUAAGAAAUCGCGGCAAAAGGAUGAAAAGUGUUAUUAUCAAUGGCUAUAAGUUUGACACCGUGGACCGUGAGCGAUCUCGAAAGACUCAAAAUUCCGGAAUUAUGGUAGAAGCUGAUGGCCAAGAGUAUUACGGAAAACUUAAUGAAAUAUUAGAACUUCAUUGUUAUGGUUCUUUCAAGGUUCUAAUGUUCCGAUGUGACUGGGUUGAUGUACGAAGGGGUGUCAAAACAUACUCGAGCGGUAGAGUUCGUAUCAAUUUCUCAAAGUUGAUGCACACUGGUCAAAAUUUGGAUGAUGAUCCAUUUAUUUUCUCUUCUCAAGCAAAACAAGUUUUUUACAUUGAGGAUGAGAUACAAAAAGGAUGGGUUCAUGUUAUUAAGACUAAGCCUAGGGACUGGUUUGAUAUUCCUGAUGAUGACGAUGAUGAGCUUCCAAAUAAUAGUGUUUUGGAUUUAUAG